GUCCUUGCGCGGCAGCUCGCUUUGGGCUUCUUUGGCCUUGACAGCCUUGACACGUGGUUGACCGGCGUGAUUAGUAUCGCGCGUUCGUGGUGUACUCUGUGAUGUUGAUCGCAAAUUGACACAGGCCGAAGUCCUGCUGCCCAGAUUAGUGUUGUCCUCUGCUGUGUUCUGUUAACGGCACAAAUGACGCACAAUGAAGAGCGGUCACACUGGUUCAAAGAAGGCGCCAUCGGCCUUGGUGUGGGUGUCCUCUAUGGACUCACAAACACGUGCGUGGGGCACCCAUUCGAUACCAUCAAGACGAAAAUGCAGGCCCAAACGGGCUUCGAGAGCAGCAGCAUGUUCCAGUCAUUCAGCAAGACCUUCCGCAGUGACGGCAUCCGUGGGUUGUACAGGGGUUGUGUUCCUCCUCUAAUAGGAUCAGGAAUCUACCGGUCAGCCCAGUUUGCGGUUUUUGAAGCAAUGUACACUUACCUUGACAGCCACACGAUGAAAACGGAAAUUCCGCUCACUGCGGGAUUACAAAUACGCGUCGUUGUCGGUGGCGUCAUCGCUUCUACAGCUCGGGCCAUCAUCGAAUGCCCGCUCGAAUAUGCAAAGAUUAGCAGACAAAUUGGAAGGACCUGGACGCUGAGAAAAGUGUACACUGGGUUUGGGGUUACAUGGAUUCGCACAGUGGGCCUCAUGACUUCCUACUUCAUCUUUGUUGACUCUGGGCGGAGGAACUUCAACGAGUACUUCCAGCGGCCGCUGCUGGGGCCUUUCCUCAUCUCCGGGCUGGCAGCCACGGCUGCCUGGUGGAUUGUCUGGCCGUUCGAGUACAUGAAGUCUCAGGUGCAGGGGCACUAUGGACAGAACAUGUCGCUGCUGCAGAGAAUGAGUCACGUGUACCGGGAGAAAGGAGGCUUCUUUGCGAUGUACCGUGGCAUCGUACCUGGGUCUAUACGAAGCUUUGUAGCCAAUGGGACUAGCAUGAUCGUCAUGUCCUGGGCGCAGAGAAAAGUGACGCAGCUAGGCCUUCGAGAUUAGGUUGAUAUGCACGCAUUCUAGAGUGAUACCGGUGUCAUUGAAAGUCAGAGGCUACAAGCAACGUGGAUCCGCAAGAAGGUGCCAAGCUCACAAAAUCACUGUCUCGGGAGUGUUUUUCGUAAUGCAGUUGGUGAAAAACUUACCCUCGCAAUAUCCGUAUCGCCCCAAUGUCACGUUGAGGAAAACCUGUGUGGGCAUCCCUGUUUAGUGGUUAGAAGCUGUGUUUACGAUGUCGUGUUAUGCAUCGACUGUUUUCCGAAACUGUUGUGAGCCCCAUGCCUCUGAAGUACUUAUACUGGUUGUACUGAGCAGUUAUGCAGCAACAGAUGGACCAGUUUCUUGCUUACCAUAUCAACACUAUUCCAUUUUCCUGGAGCUUUGUUGUGGAGAAAUAUGAUAAGCACACAAAAGGGGAACAAGGUUUAGGAAAACCACAGAGAGUGAUUGAUUGAAAGCAGUACAAAGAAUGAGGUGUGCCUUUGUUUUACAUAUGUUUGCUUUGCAUUGUUUGUUUUGUUUGUAUAUCUCUAUUACUAGGAAGCAUAAUGUACAGAAACAAAUGGUACGAAGAGAUACUCUUGGUGACAUCAGAUUUUGAUUGAUAGAUUGAUUGAUUUUAGAAUAUACUACUGAUGUGCAAUCCAUUUUGAUUGCUAUUUUUCCAUUAUUAUAUAUAUAUAUGAGAUUGCAGUAUAUAUGCAGGUGCUACACUGCCAUUGAUUUAUGAAUUGCUCAAAGCUCAAAAUUGCUAUCGUGCCUUCAAAUAAAUACUCAUAAAAGUUA